AUGGUCGUCCUCCAAGCAACAUCUCUCGCAGAAUUCACCAACCUGCUAUCAGCAAACACCUAUGUCAUUGUCGACUUCUACGCAGACUGGUGCGGGCCGUGCCACGCAAUCAAGCCCAUCUACGAGUCACUCUCCAACACCCACGGUCAGCCGGGCUCCCUCGCCCUCGUCAAGGUCAACGUCGACGCCGCCCAGGACAUCGCCCGCCGCUACAGCGUCACAGCCAUGCCGACCUUCAUGUUCUUUGAGAACGGCCAGCCCUACAACGGUGGUCGGAGCGUUGUGCGCGGCGCCGACCCGAGGACCCUGCAGGCCACCGUCCAGGAGCUGAGCGGGCUCGCCAGGAAGCAGGCUGCCGAGGCUGCCGCGAAGAAGGCCGAAGCCGAGAGGAAGAAGAAGGAAGCUGCCGCCAACAAGGGAAACAAGCCUGAUGACGGUUCCACUGUCUCUGGCGGCUACACUCUCGGCGGCAACACCGGCGCAAGGUCUGACUGGAAAAUGUCCUUGCGGGGCUGA